UAAUUUCGUUUCUGUAGUCUCGAGAGUCGUGUAUUAUAUUUAAUUGAUCGAAUGUUAUGAAUAUUGGUGUUGGAAUAUUUUCCUGCGCGAGUGUAUAGUGCGAGGGCACUGUAUGUACAUAGGUACCUGGAAACGGCUCGUGUUGGCCUCUAUGUACGAGACGAACACCAGCGUGAAUCAACGCUCGGGGAAGGAGAGAGAUGGUUCUCGCGUGUUGGUAGGGAAGCACAGAGCAUGGAAGGGGUAGAGAGCAGGAAACGAUUCGGCUUGGACUAUGUAAGACGCGAGGGGAUUGAGUCGAGUCCCCGACCAGCCCCGGAGUACCCGAUUCACCGUCGUACCGCGUGGAACUAUCGUUACUUCGACAGAGUUGUCGCGAGAGUUCCCUCCAGUUCUCUUUUCCGCUUCGCGGAAAGAGAAACCGAUCGAGAACGACGCGGAAAGUGGGAUCCGUCGCGGCCAGGAUCGGUGCUCGUCGAACCGAGCUAUCGUGGUUCCUCGUUCUAGGUUCCUCGAGUGUGUAAAUCGCGCCAGGAGCGUCUUAACGAUUCGCAUAACUGUACAAUAACGGGCAUUAAUGAGCCUCGUGAGCUCGAGCGAAAGGUACCUUAGGUAUCUUUCCGUUUCAAAAUCGUCGUACGCGUCAAGUGAAAAAGUGGCCGCGCAGUUAGUCGUUUGAAUAAACAGAAAAGUGGAGUGUGGAACACCUGCGAGUCGGAGUUUGAAGGCCGACAUGCCGAUCGGACGAAGACGCUUAGGCAAAGGAUGCAACGAACAAAUUAACGGAACGAUUUGAACACGCUGGCCGUGCCAACCUAGGGAUUAGGUUCGAAACGAUGACGUACGAGCAUCGAGACUGAGGAGCCCGAAAGAUCGAAAGGCUCAUUCCGUUCGAUAUCUUGGAAUAUCUUUGAGCAAUUAUUGUCUCGUGACAAAGGAUGGAGGAGACAACAACGUCCACGAUUCUACUUGUGGCGAAGAUAGGGGCGAUGGUGGGUCUGGGAUUUGGAUCGUUGAUCCUUGGCAUGCUGCCUUUGAUAGUUGGAAGGUACAGGAUGAAUCAUCGUCAAAAACGACACCGCGGGAUUUCGAGCAAUUCCAGCACUUGCACGUCGACUUCUGUUUCGAACGCGUUCUCGUCGAGCGUCAACUCCGCGUCGUCGACAACGGAUUCGCAAGGUCUUCAUACGUCGUUGUUGCUGUGCUUCGGCGGGGGCGUCCUCCUGUUCACCACGUUCCUGCACCUGGCGCCGGAAGUUCGCGCCAGCGUGGAAAGACACCAGACGAACGGUCAGCUUCCGACGCUUGGCACGCUGAGUCUCUCCGAGUUGCUCUUCUGCGGCGGUUUCUUCCUCGUCUACCUCGUCGAGGAGGCGGUGCACGCGGCGCUGACGGGCAAACCCGAGUCCUCCGAGGCGUUGCUCUACAGAACGGUGUCUGUGCGCAGAUGCAACAGUCAGACGGGCGCGUCGGCGACCACGUCGACCGGCUCGACCACCACGGUGUCCACCACCACAAAGUCCACGUGGCGGGAGGACAACGACGAGUCGCUGGACGACACGGAGUCCAACAAACGAUCCGGCCAUCGUUUGGAGGAUCAUCGGGACGGCAAACACGAUAAGACGCUGCCAGCGAUAUUUAUUCUGUCGUCGCCGACGGCCCUCGCGGCCGAUCGUCGUCGGAACGACGCGGAAUCGAACAACUACCCGAGGACGAAGCACGGCGAGCACAAACAUACCGCGAUAACGAAGAACACGUCCGUCCAAGGGCUAUUGACCGUUCUGGCGCUAUCGUUCCAUGCCAUCUUCGAGGGACUGGCCGUCGGGCUGGAGCCCUCUAUCGGCUCGGUGGUCUACCUGGCCGCGGCUAUAGCCACGCACAAGCUGGUCAUCUCGUUUUGCGUCGGUAUGGAGUUGUACGUGGCUGGUGCCUCCACCAGAACCACCUUAGGAUACCUGACGAUAUUCUCGAUGGUGACGCCUAUAGGCAUCGCCGUCGGUUUGGCUCUGGGCCACUUCAAGAACGACAGCGAGAACCUGGGACCGACACCGACGAUACUUCAAGGAAUGGCUGCCGGCACGUUGCUCUACGUAGUCUUCUUCGAAGUUCUGGCACGCGAGAGAGCCAACGAGAAGAGCGGGCUCCUGCAACUGUCCGCCAUAAUCAUCGGUUUCAUGCUGAUGUUGGGCCUGCAAAUCGCCACUGCUCAUUCUCAUUCGCAUUCGCAUUCGCACGGCAGCCAUUCACACGUGCAUGGACAAGAGGAUGAACAUCACCACGAUGACGAUGACGAUCACGAGUUGGAUUCCCACGAGCACAAACAUUCCAACACAUCCAGCGAACGAUUACUCACGGACACGAUCGGGAGAGUGACGGAAAACAUCGCGGAGGCGUUUAGCAACCUUUUAUCCGCCUCGAUGAAGGGUGUUCCAUCGAGGGACGGUAACGAAACGACGAUAUCGCGUACGGAUCGCAGCUAAAAUUUGCUCGCGCGAGGGUGGAUCCCUUGACCGAGUCACCGAUAGUUCCUUCGUGGGAUACGAAUUCUCCCGAUCGGUACUUACUUUCGGGAACCAAUCGUGCUACUUAGAAUACACACCGAUAGUUUCUUGGGCAACCAUUCGGUCGAACGUGAUGGCGAAAAGUCUCUAUUAAAGAAGAAGGACAGUAUUAUGAAUUUAUUCGAGGCGGGAGAAAGCAAAUAAUGAAUAUAUGUAUACUUGAAAAUUUUGAGUCGACGUCUCUACUCGAAAUUAGGUAAAAAUAUCGAAAGUCUCGCCACGGAACAUCGAUUGGGCAACCCUGUGUAUCUUGUACGCUAUUAUCUUCGAUAAUAGAAUCGUGAUACAUGUUUUUUUUUCUUACACGACCUAGUACCGCGGUCACGCGUUUGUGGAACGAAACUUUCGACUUCGGUAUUCGACUUGGACUAGAAUAACGUCUCGAAUAUUUACUCGAAAUUUUCGUGUAUAUGCACACAUUCUUACAGAAUAAUAUGUAUAUUCUCGCUCUUGUGUGUAUCGUAUAAGUGUUCCAUUUAACGUAAUUCAACGUGGACAUUUACGAAACACUAUAGAAACGCGUGUAAAAUGAUCACGCGAAGGGAGAAACUGUUGCCAAUAUCUUUAAAGCGGUAAAUACAUGUGAUACGAUUCACGAGAACAUCGUGCGAUCGCGUUACUUAUUCUAUUUUUUUAUGUAAUAUAGACUGUAUGGUAUAUCCAUAUCGAUUGCUACCUUUUAUACUGUAAUUAGGAAAAUCUUAAUUGUUUGUAUAUUUAAAUACGUGCAUAUAUGUAUAUGUAUAAUGUGCAUAUUGCAUGGUAUCGUAACGAAAUGAAUUUGUAUAUUUUGCAAUUAUCGGAUGUCGAUUCUUUCGCGUUAGAAAAGAUCGAGUAUCAAAAUACAAUGUUAAACUGUGAAUAGCAUAAUUUCGAGAAUGAUAACACUGUCGGUAAUGUUUUAAUGAAAUUAGAUGUUUGCAACUUCCAUACCGUUUUCCUACCGAGCUAAGAUACGUCGCGUGUCGUCAGGAAUGAUAAUACAGUAUCAUUAAUACGAAGACAAUGGAAGUCGGAUCAAAACAUGAGAAACUACAUUCUACUACUGUUUGCAAUUCCGUUCGUACCGCGUUUAUCUUUUUAUUCGUAUACAAAUCGCGUUAACGUGACAGGUACAUC